UGACGAAGUAAAAGUACAUCUGUUCACUAGCUUGGCGUCGAGAGCGGCGCCAAGACGAGCGACGGUCUGUUGGUGUGUCAAGUACAUGGCGCCACACGGCAGAAGGGCGGCCCGCCGAUCUAGCGUGGCCGUCGCUUCUGCCAUGGGACGAAUAAAGCGCCCCGCUGUCGCGGGUCGAGUUUUGCUGUGCUGUUGGUGGUCGAUCUAUCGUGUAGGUAGUGGUUAUCGGAGCGGAGACGGUUGUCGUCGUCGUCGGUGACUUUGGGGGCUUCUUGUUCCGCGCCCGAGUCGCCGAGUCGGCUACCCAGCUUCUUACUCGGACAUGCGCUUGCUGUUCACCGCGACAAAGUGGUACGCGACGAUCAGGACCAUGGCCGCGACGCCGAGGCCGUUGGAAAUAUCGGUGAGGGUGCCGUCUGAGAUCAUGGCGGGGAGGUAGGCUGACUUUCUGUGCGCGUUCCUGAUGCCCGAGAGGUCGCUACGAUGCUGGAUGCCGACGAUAGUUGAUGCGUUGUUGUUGUUGAAAGUCAACGCGUUCAAGAUGUGCCAGGCAGCGGCAGUGACGACAGACACGUUGACAGGACGCGGUUCCGCUCAUGACAUCAAACUUAUCCAGCACCCCCACUUUUCCACCACGCACGUCGUCAUUGCGGGUCGUCGUUUGCUUGUGAUCCACAUGGUCUCUGCUACAUCUUGCAACGGACAUCACACUGCAACAGCAACUCCUCGAAUAAAGCUACCCAUAGCACAGCACACACACCAUGUCCAACGCCGGCGCGAUCGCCUCGAUAUCCAACCGGCUCACCAGCGCGCAGUCGCAGCUGCUGGAGCGGAGCCGCAUCCUAGGCCUGGGGAUGAAGCCGUCGCCCUCGUCGACACAGAGCCUGGUGCGCACGCUCACGCAGGUGCGCAACGACCUGGCCAAGCUCGAGGGUGAGGCCGAGCUCGAGGCGGCCGGGCUCGCAGUCGGCGGCGGGGGCAAGAAGCGAAGCAACUUGUCGGGCGGCGACCUGGCGGCCAUUGACGAGCUCGGCGGGCGGUACGAUCGCCUCGUGGAGAUGCUGCAGGCCGACGAGGUGGGAAGGGAGAAGGCCAAGCCGCUUGUGCGGGAGCGGCGCGAGGCCGAGCCAUCGGCCGAGGAGCUCGACGCCGAGAUCGAGUCGGUCAUCGCCGCGCCAGUGGACCCGCCGUCCCCGCCGGCGCAGGAGCUGCGCCCGUUCCGCGACUACGACGACGAAGAGGAAGACGACACGAACCCGCACGAGAUGAUCUCGCAGCAACAGCAGAUGAUGGAGGAACAAGACGAACGCCUGACGCUCCUCUCACAUUCCAUCAACAGGCAAAACCACUUGUCUGUUCAGAUUGGCGACGAACUCCAGGUGCACAACGAGCUGCUGGAGGACACGGACGCGGCGAUGGACCGGACGGCGGACCGGAUGAACCGUGCCAGGAGGCGGCUCGACCAUGUCGCGGACAAUGCCAAGCAGCAUGGCAGCACCAUCACCAUUGUCGGCCUGAUUGUCGUCCUACUCCUCCUCAUCAUCGUCUUCAAGACCUAGUUGGUUGCAUUCAUGGACCCUCCGAGACACGUUGCAUUGUAGCUUGUACAGUAUGUCAUAGUUGUGUGGUGGCGAGUGUGGGAGACGUGGGGUGUUGGCGAGGAGUGGUAGGCGAUGGGCGAGGUUGAGUGUUGAGG